AUGGCGGCCCGCGAGGGUGUCCGGAGCAGCGCUCGGCUCAGCGGGGCCACGACGGCGGCCAGUGCAGCGCCGGCCCCCGCGGCGCGAGACUCGCUCGCCGAAGAGGAGCGCGCAGCGGCCGCGGCGCUGCGCAGGGCACGGGCCGCGCGAGCCGCCGAGCGCGCCCGGGAGGUGGAGGACAGCCCUCAGGUGCUCAGAGAGAAAUGCCGCCGCUUGGCUCGAGCGCUCCGCGAGGCCAAACAUCUUGUGGUGUACACGGGGGCGGGCAUCAGCACUGCGGCCGACAUCCCCGACUACCGCGGGCCGCGCGGCGUGUGGACGCGGCUGCAGCGCGGCGAGACCGUCGGCCGCGUGGAGGUGUCGCGUGCGCGGCCCACCUUCACGCACAUGGCGCUGACGGCGCUGUGGGCGCGCGGCGCGCUCAAGUUCGUGGCGUCGCAGAACUGCGACGGCCUGCACGUGCGCGCCGGCCUGCCGCGCCGCGCGCUCGCCGAGCUGCACGGCGACAUGUACGCCGAGCGCUGCGCCGCCUGCCGCCGCGUGUAUCUGCGCGCCUUCGACACCACCGAGCGCACCGCGCGCCACGCGCACGCUACGCGCCGCCUGUGCCACUCCUGCGGCCGCGAGCUGCGCGACUCCAUCGUGCACUUCGGCGAGCGCGGCCGCGCCGCCUGGCCGCUCAACUGGGCCGGCGCGCUGCGCCACGCCGCUGCCGCCGACGUCGUGCUGUGCCUCGGCUCCAGCCUCAAGGUGCUGCGUCGCUACCCGCGUCUGUGGCGCAUGCACAGCGCGCCACGGGCGCGCCCCGCGCUCUACAUCGUCAACCUGCAGUGGACGCCCAAGGACGCCGUGGCCGCGCUCAAGAUCAACGCACGCUGCGACGCCGUCAUGCGUCAGGUGGCGCGCCGCCUGCGCCUGCGCGUGCCGCGCUACAGCGCGCGCGCGGACCCGCUGCUGGCGCACGCCGAGCCGCUGGCGCCGCCCGAGCGCCAUACCACGCGCCGCCCGCUGCUGUCUCCGCCCGCGCCGCACUCGCCGCGCCCCGCCGACGACCGCGACUCGUACUACUCGCUCUCCCCCGCCUCCUCCGCCUCCCCCUCGGCCUCCGGCUCCGACUCCGACGAUGAGGUGCCGCUGCGCCGCCUGGCGGACCGGCUGCGCGACCCUCUCGACCGGCGCGACCAACACGCCUCGUGUCAGGCGCCAGAGGGCGCAUCGGCACCAUGUUUGUACUCCUUUCAGGUCAACAUGCAGUCGGGGGAGACCACCAUACUGCUGCGGUCCGAGCACGCACCGGCCGACCCCCCGCCCCCCGAGCCGCCCCCCCUGCCCGCGCCCGCGCCUCGCAACACCACUGACGCUCUGAGACGAUACCGGAUAACCAGGCCGCUGACCGCACCUCCAGCGCUCAACGGCCUCGUGACUAACGGCCAUCGAUUUCCUGAAUAUGAUCUCAACGGUCUAGAACCGAAAAUUGAGUUCGCUUCUCCCGUGAAAAUAAAAAAGGAGGAGUCCUCGCCGCCUCCGUCCGAGAACGGGUCGUGGGACCUCGGGUGCCGUCUGCGGCGUCUGCUGGAGCUGGAGGCGGGCGCGCCGGGCGACAGCAAGCGCGCCGUCGUGAAGCUCAAGCGUGAGGGCGGGGAGCGGGACGCGGACGAGGCGCUCGCCGCCGCCAUCAUCCGGCGCGCCGUGCUCGUGUGCCGCGCGCAGCUCUACUCCGGCCUGCACACCAUCAUUGCGCCGCCCGCCGCCGCCGCGCCCUCCCCCUCCCCCCGCGCCGCGCCCGCGCGCCCGCCGCCCCGCAGCCCGGCGUGGACGCGGAGUGCGCGUGGUGCCUGCGCCGGUACGCGGCGCGGCGCUGCCUGUGGUACGGGCCGGCGCGCGCGACGCCGCCCGAGCGGCGCGCGUGGAGGCGCGAUCGCGGCCGGCGCUACCUGUGCGCGUGCUGCGGGGAGGAGGGCGCGCGCGGGGAGGGCGAGGCGGAGGACGGGGCGCGCGACGCCGACGGCGGCGGCUGGUAUGGCAAGGGCUACCGCAAGGGCCGCCGGCGCCGGUAGCGGCGCCCCGCCCGCCGCGACCGGACAG